AUGGCUGACGGCGGCAUCGAUCGCAAGGCCGAUGAGAAGAUUCAGUUCUCCACCUCCAAGGAGGUUACGGUUCAUCCGACUUUCGAGUCGAUGUCCCUGAAGGAGAGUCUCCUCCGUGGUAUCUACGCCUAUGGAUAUGAGUCCCCCUCCGCUGUCCAGUCCCGCGCCAUCGUUCAGAUCUGCAAGGGUCGCGACACCAUCGCCCAGGCCCAGUCCGGUACCGGUAAAACAGCCACUUUCUCGAUCAGUAUGCUUCAGGUCAUCGACACCGCCGUCCGCGAGACCCAGGCCCUCGUUCUUUCCCCGACCCGCGAACUUGCGACCCAGAUUCAGAGCGUUGUGAUGGCUUUGGGAGACUACAUGAACGUCCAGUGCCAUGCUUGCAUUGGCGGCACCAACGUUGGAGAGGAUAUUCGCAAGCUCGACUAUGGUCAACACAUUGUCUCCGGUACUCCUGGUCGUGUUGCCGACAUGAUUCGCCGCCGUCAUCUCCGCACCAGACACAUCAAGAUGCUGGUCCUCGACGAAGCCGAUGAGCUCCUCAACCAGGGUUUCCGCGAGCAGAUUUACGAUGUGUACCGCUAUCUUCCGCCUGCCACACAAGUCGUUGUCGUCUCUGCCACCCUCCCUUACGAUGUGCUCGACAUGACCACCAAGUUCAUGACCGACCCCGUUCGUAUCCUGGUCAAGCGUGAUGAGUUGACCCUCGAGGGCCUGAAGCAGUACUUCAUCGCUGUGGAGAAGGAGGAUUGGAAGUUUGAUACCCUCUGCGAUCUCUACGAUACCCUUACUAUCACACAAGCCGUUAUUUUCUGCAACACCCGCCGGAAGGUCGACUGGUUGACCGACAAGAUGCGCGAAGCCAACUUCACCGUCAGCAGCAUGCACGGUGAUAUGCCUCAGAAGGAGAGAGACAGCAUUAUGCAGGAUUUCAGACAGGGCAACAGCAGAGUGCUCAUUUCGACCGACGUGUGGGCCCGCGGUAUCGAUGUUCAGCAGGUCAGCUUGGUCAUCAACUACGAUCUCCCCAGCAACCGUGAAAACUACAUCCAUCGUAUCGGUCGUUCCGGCAGAUUCGGUCGCAAGGGUGUCGCGAUCAACUUCGUUACUAGCGAGGACGUGCGCAUCUUGCGUGAUAUCGAGUAUUCCAUGAAGUUCUUUAUGUCAGUUUAA